CACAUCCGGUGUUAGGAGAGCUGUGUAGGCUCCUGGGAGGCCGAGCGGAGGCUGUGUCCCACAGACUCUGGCAUCAUGAACAUAUUUGAUCGGAAGAUCAACUUCGAUGCACUCUUAAAAUUUUCCCACAUAACCCCGUCGACACAGCAGCACCUGAAGAAGGUCUAUGCCAAUUUUGCCCUCUGUAUGUUUGUGGCGGCCGCGGGGGCCUGUGUCCACGUGGUCACUCAUUUCCUUCAGGCUGGCCUGCUCUCUGCCUUGGGCUCCCUGGGGUUGAUGAUUUGGCUGAUGACAACACCUCAGAGCCAUGAACCUGAGCAAAGAAGACUGGGACUUCUUGCUGGAUUUGCUUUCCUUACAGGAGUUGGCCUAGGCCCUGCUCUGGAGCUGUGCAUUGCCAUCAACCCCAACAUUCUUCCCACCACCUUCAUGGGCACAGCAAUGAGCUUCACCUGCUUCACCCUGAGCGCCCUGUAUGCCAGGCGCUGGAGCUACCUCUUUCUGGGAGGUGUCUUGAUGUCAGCCAUGAGCCUGAUGCUCUUGUCUUCCCUGGGGAAACUUUUCUUUGGAUCCAUUUGGCUUUUCCAGGCAAACCUGUAUGUGGGGCUGGUGGUCAUGUGUGGCUUUGUCCUUUUUGAUACUCAACUCAUUAUUGAAAAGGCUGAAAAUGGAGAUAAGGAUUAUAUCUGGCACUGCGUUGACCUCUUCUUAGAUUUCAUUACUCUCUUCAGAAAGCUCAUGAUGAUCCUGGCUAUGAAUGAGAAGGACAAGAAGAAAGAGAAGAAGUGAAAUGACCACGCAGCCUUUCCCAUUUUGACCUCUCUCCCUCCACCCCUCAUUUCCUCUUUGCACACAUUGUAGGUGGUGUGUUCUGUGAUAAUGAACAGCAUCAG